ACCACGCUUUCGUGGUGACUCCUCUGUCAUUGUCGUCUGCUACGGCGGCAGUCAGUGCGUGCUAGUUUCGUUUUCGCCACACGUUCGUCGUCUGCUACGGAAAUCGUCUGUUACUCUACGAGUGCGUCGUCUGCUACUGAGGAGUGCGCUGGGUAGUAAGAUUUCGAGCGAGAGCAUCGCAUGAAGCGAGGCCUUUAAUAAAGAAACCAUUCGGGACUACCAAGAUGGAACUGUACACCACAAGCCCGGAGACAAACGGUCCACAUCACGACCAUCGGCUACUACCUCAUCCCACCCUGUUUGCAUCCACAUUACCCACCAUACUGCAGACAAGCUCUCACCUCUGCAACGCCACCUCGUGCGACAACCUAAGCGGUGAUCCACUCAUAAACCCCGCAGCUUCCCAGCUGAACCCUGGCCUGGAACUGUUCUUAGCGAACCAAAUCGUCGAAGAGAUUUUAGCCGUCGUCGUCCCUAUCCUAUUCGGCGCCAUCGCCAUUGUUGGCUUCUUCGGAAACGCCCUGGUGGUUAUGGUAGUCUUGUGCAACCCGCAAAUGCGUUCCACGACGAAUAUAUUAAUCAUAAACCUCGCCAUGGCCGAUCUGCUCUUUAUAGUCUUCUGCGUACCGUUCACCGGCUGGGACUACACGCUAAAUUACUGGCCUUUUGGAGACGUCUGGUGUCGUAUAGUUCAGUACUUAGUCAUAGUCUGCGCCUACGCCAGUAUCUACACCCUGGUCCUGAUGUCCCUGGACAGGUUCCUAGCUGUGGUUCAUCCGAUCGCUUCGAUGUCGGUCAGGACAGAACGAAACGCGUACAUAGCCAUAUGUCUCACGUGGGUCGCCAUACUUGUACUGUGCGUUCCUGCCCUGUUCGCUCACGGUAUGGAAGUGGUUGGAAGCUAUUCAGCCUGCAUGUUCAGAACCAGCGAAGGCUACAACUGGCCAGCCUUUCAGAUAUGCUUCUUCAUGUCAUCGUACGUUAUCCCCCUCUGCCUCAUUUUCAUAUUGUACCUCCUCAUGCUGAAGAGGCUCUGGUUCGGUGUCGCCCCGGGAGGGCGAGUCAGCGCCGACAGCGUCAGGUCAAAGAAGCGCGUCACGAGGCUAGUGGUCGUCGUGGUCGUCGUCUUUGCCGUGUGCUGGUGCCCAAUUCAAGUGGUGCUCGUUCUGAAAAGCGUCGAUUCCUACGGCCCGUACAUGACCCCGCCGAGAAUCGUGAUCCAGAUCGCGUCUCAAAUCUUGGCUUACACGAACUCGUGCGUGAAUCCGUUCCUCUACGCGUUCCUGUCUGAGAACUUCCGGAAGAGCUUCCGAAAGAUCAUUCUCUGUAGCUCAAAGACAAAGGAACGAGGUCGCACUCGAACGCGCGAGGACGCUGAACGUACGGAGCGUGAAACGAUGACGAACUGCAACGGCAGCAAGUCCGCUAAGAUAGUCAACGAUAUCGUGUAGCAUGUGAUCACAGCGGGGUUCUGUGCCUCAAAGAAGAGAUGUGAUUUUGUGAACGUGAUCAAGUGAUAAAGCGAGCUACGGUGUCGCAUCCUGAAAGUUGAGCGGCCAAAGACAGACAUCCUUCUAUGGUCAUCACCACCACAUAUGUGUGAGUGUUUGUGUCUGUUCUGUUGGGUGAAAAACCUGUUGUUUUUGCGGUGAUCUACCAUACCUGCUUCGAAGCUCAGUGGAUUUCACAGUUUUCCGGCACGUGGAAUAUACGGUCAUCGUGUCUUCACUCUUUUCGUGAAUACGGAGCCAGUGACAACAACAUUAUCGAAAAAAACGGAAACCGGAACUUGAAAAACUCUCGCCAUCUGGCGUUGUUGGCGCCGUCGCGCACCACGUGACCUGCCUUCCUUCUUCCCAUUGGUUCCCGAUACUUUCGCGUGUUUACGUUUUCUUUGACAAUUUUAUACUGCAAUUGCUAUUUGAUGACGAAAAUGACAGCUGAAACUUUUUUGUGGUAAGCCGCAAUUGCGAGUGUGGCUGGAUCACAGGUUCCCACCCUUGGCUAAUUAUCCUAGAAUCGCCGAAAGCCACGAUAUGCAUAUCUGUCUGUUUGAUGUUUAUUUCAUGGAGGAGCUUGCGAUGCCGGCAGAGCAAAGAGUAGCUACACUUAGCUCUUUUCUGUAUGUAAAAGCGGAGACUUUUUAUAGUCAUGUCCCCGUCAUCCAGGUUUCAGUAAUUCGGAUAAUAUGAUUAAGGCUGCGUUCCAAUACCCCGGUUAGUCGACUGCCUAGCGGUCUAACCGGAAGUGCCGCCAUGUUAGGUCUCGUUCCAAAUCUCGCCAAGUCCGCUAUUCAGUCGGCUACCGCCUAGUGCGCAUCGAUGCAGUCUAGUUAUACGCCUGACCAUCUGACAGCCGGGAUGGCUGACAGCGGGAAACGCUAGUACCUGCUGCGCUUGCGCCGUACGCAUUUCUUGCGUGAGCAACGAGAUGGCGCCACAGGCGCCUCGGCUAGGCAAGCCUGUUCCAAUAGUGACAAGCAAAGGGCUCAGCUGCCUAGUCACGCGGCUUCGCGGGCGCGAGGUAUUGGAACGCAGCAUAAAUUAGAAAGUUUACACCCAAAACUGGCCAGAACUGGCUCAAGUUGGCCCAGCAGCCAUGGGAUAGUAUACGCUAAAGGACAGUGUGCCACGAGAGGAAGUGAACAGAAGAGAGAAUGAAUUGAGAAAUUACUAGCGGCAGUAAGAAGCGAGGGCAACUGGCCAAACACCUGGUCGUUGUCUCCGUGCAUCGCCACGUUCGCUUUGGUUGGCUUAGUCUCAUCCUGUCGUCGAGGCUAGGUGGUGGAGCUAAUAUGCCCUGAUAGGCCACAAUCAGGUGGGCAACGUCACGACUACCGCACUGGCGGGGGUGGGGGAGAUCAUGCGUCCCGGGCCGACUUCACAGGGAACUGUGCCGACAUUUGUCUUAAAGCGUCUGAGGCUAGGCUUGUGUGAGAACGCUGCCUCAGCCAAUCGCCGUGUGCGCUUUCAAACAAAUGUCACCAAUGACUGGUCAUGCGGUUGAUGAUGCUGUCAAGCAAGGCCGCGACUGGCGGACUCUUAAGGACCGUGUCACGCAAUUUAAGCAACCGGGCUUUCUUUACCUGGUGCCGUUGACAUAGUGCACCUGAAUGUUUUUUUUUUUUCUGUUUUCCUUGUUUCCCCCCGUUUCCCCUGUGCCCACCCAGUGAGAGCACAACCUUCACAAACAGGGGAAAGGAGGAAGCUAGAGCGAUGUCCUCUUCACCUACGUAUAGCGAAAAUAACGUAUUAUUGCGUGGCCCUUAAUCCGUGAGGAUUACGUGGGGCGCCAAGCUGGUCGGCCUCGGGAUUAGCGUUGCCCACAUGAAUGUUCUCUAACGUGCGCUGCAGCCUCGGCACAUGGAACACCGUUUUUAGCGUCUCUCUAGGGAAUUUUACCAAGCCGACAAAUUGUUGGCUUCCUCGGUGGGGUUCAAACUCGCAAGUCCAGGAUGAGCAACAGUCGUCCACGCGCCAGCACGCCAGCUAUAGUCAGUUCUAUCGGACGCAGUCCAGGAAUGAGGCCACGGCGUGUGGCCCUCCGUUCCUGGGGGCUUAAUCGCUUCAUCGUCGUUACAAGCUAACGAGUGGCGGGAAAUUCAAAAAGGUGGGCACGUGACACAUUGCGCGUGACGUGUACCACACCAUUCACGUAUCGCGCGAAGAGCGCCGUGCACGUGUUUUAUCACGUGCCCACCUUUUUAAAUUUCCCGCCCUCCAUUUUGAAUUUCCCGCCACUCGUUAGCUUGUAACGACCGUAACGACGAUGAAGCGAUUAAGCCCCGAUUAAGCGAUUAAGCGAUGAAGCGAUUGUCACUCCUCCCCGGUA